AUGUCUGCUCAAAACAUUGAAAGCUAUAAUAUCCAUGAAGAAAGUAGCUGGUGUUUUCAUUAUAUAAAAUCUAAAACUAAUGCUGAAUUUACAAGGUUGUAUAAAGACAAACUUCAAAAAU